CUGACAACUUUAGUUACUUUUCAGAUUAAAACUCUUUUAUACGUUUCCUGUCUAGUGAAAACCAUGUAUAUCCACAUUUGUUUAUUUUUUCUGAUAAACUGAAAUAUGAAUUGUUCCUUCAUGGGUUGAGAAAAUGAUCUUUCUUCUUAAGCCAAAUACACUAUCUAAUAAAAAGCCUCUUGGACCAGCUGGAAGAAGUUGCAUCUUCACAAAAACAACACUGUUUUUCUGAGCUCACGAUAAAAAGAGUAUGAUGAUGUUAUCAUAAAUUAAACUACCCAACUUUAUAUAAAGGACUUAAAAACAUCUACAGCAGUAAAAUACAACAUACAUAUGAAGUCAGCAGUAAUAUUGAUACAGUGGCAUCAUAUACAGUACAAUACUGACAGGUAACAAUACUUUACUGCACACUGAAUACCUACAUACUUUUACUUUCUGAAUCCAGGACUUUUACUUGCAUUGGAGUAUUUUCACAGUUUGGUAUGAGUGUUUAUUCUCAAGUAAAGGGUCUAAAAACUAAAUCAUUAUGUAAAUGGACCUAUUGUGGUGUUUAAAUAAAGAUAAUAAUACACAUUUUACCAUCUCAGUCUGUGACGGGUAACUGACGACGGGCUUGUGUUUGCAUGCAGGAUGCGUCUUUAUCGUACGAUCCAGAGACGCCACCGAGUGAGAUCCAGAGUGACGUCCUGUUUCGUGAAGGACAGACUCCGGGCGGACAUGUCACCCACACACCUCGCCUCAUCGCCAUGGAUCUCAAAGGAAGUCUCCGGACUCUACGGCAGGAGGGAAGUCUGUAUGACGCCAGCAACGACACCUCCCCUGCCACGUGGGAGGGAAGCCUCAUGAUGCACAAAGAAAGUCCAGCUGAGAAGAACUCCUUUCUCGAAGACCUGGAAAAGCUGGAUAAAGGGGAGGUCCUUGCUGAAGAUAGUUUUUACUCCAGUCCCCUGCGUCAGCGCUCAGCAGGUGCAGUGAGUGUGGAAACCGUGAACAGCCAGCUAGCUCGGGUCCAAAAGGGCUACCGCCUGGAGGGCAGCGUGAAGGUGUGGUCCGACUUCCUCAGGAUCCACCUGCACCCUCGCACCGUCUCCGUCAUCCACCAGUACAACCAUGACGGGGAGGCUCAUCGUCUGGAGGCCUUUGGCCAGGGAGAUGCUCUCCUGCAGGGCUCGGUGCUCGAGCAGCUGGAGGACAAACUUCACUUCUUUGUAGAGGAGUGCGAUUACCUUCAGGGUUUCCAGGUCUUCUGUGACCUGGCCGAUGGCUUCGCCGGCCUUGGGUCGAAGGUCACGGAGAUGCUGCAGGACUCUUACGGCGGAAGAGGUAUCCUAACCUGGGGGAUGGCGCCCGUCAGUCACCCCAAUACAACUCCGAUGAAGGAGCUCUACCACGUGUUGAACUGCGCGCUGGGGACGGUCAACAUGGCCGCCCACAGCUCCUUCUUCUGCCCGUUGACCCUGCGUGGCGGACUGGGCAGACGGCCCUCAGCUCCCGUAGCAUUCCCCCACCUAAAUUAUGAUCCCUCUCUGUGGUACCACUCCAGCUCUGUUCUGGCUCUGGCCCUCGAUGCCCUCACUUUGCCUUACAGGCUGAAGAACAACAGCUCUCCCAUGUGGCAGGUGGCGGACUCGCUGGCCGUGUCUGGCAGAAAGGUGGUUGCCGCUUAUGGCGCCGUCCCCUUUCCCAUGAUGCACGGCGGCACUCUCCCCGACGCCCUGAGCGCCUGCGCGGACAAGUUGCCCUGGAAACCUCUAUCGGCCUGCAUGGAACUCGGCGACGGCCGUUGCUAUGGCCAGUGGGCGACACUCAAAGGGUUCGAGGGCCAGAGACUCACCAGCUCUCUGCCUCCAGGGACUCAGCCAGCCACUCCUCUGCACGGCCUCCACAGCGGGGAGGACGUCCUGGCGUCCUACAUACAAUCUUUCUAUCCUACGUCUCCUCUGGGUCUACAGUUGGUGUCUACACCCAGUGCGCUUACGCCACCGUUCCCUCAGAUAUUCAGUCAGUCGCUCAGCGCUCAGGGCUUCCUGCAGAGCCAGACUCCUCCGCCUGGCUCUCGGGGCCCCGCGGUCUCCUCCGCGCCCGUCAUGACGUCCCUCCAGUCGGGUCCCGUUCUCGGCUCGUGGCUGUCCGAGCUGCAUCGCGGCGCCAUUGCCCUGGACAUCCGCCGCGUGGCCCCCAGCUUCCUCUCCCAGGGGCCCGAAAUGGGCGACUACAAGGAGGCACUGGAGGAGCUGCGCCUGCUGGGCCUGUGUUACCGCGAUGAGAUGACACACUCCUCCUCAGAAAAUGAUGACGACUGACAGUCUUAUGGAUCGAUCUGGAUAGACUGCCGACCUGUCUGGCAUCAGCAUGCAUGCACUCAGACAGAGAGCGAUGAAGAGGAGCUGUGCCUCCGCUUUGUGAAGGACCAGGACUGAAUGACAUGCUAACAGAUGAGGGAAUAUUAAGUUAGACCUCUACAUGUGUUGAGCUCUGUGAGGGGAUGGAUGUAGCAUCCUGUGUAUCCAUCUGGACUGUGGUUCCUCAGAUGACUGUUUAUCUAUUUUAUACGAAUAAUAUGCUAUAAAAUGGCUGCAUUUAAAUCGAGAUGUUCGUCUCACCUUUGUUUUGGCCACUGGUUGCUCCGACCAUGAAUUCAAAUAAGAGUUUAUAGCACACGUUUGUAAAUCCACGGUUAUCCUACCAAACACACAUGGAAGAUCUGUUUUUACUGGAGGACGCCAUCCAAUCAGGCGCUCCGAUGACAAUUUACAUCAUGUAGAUGCAGAAAACAUGACUUUGGCUUACGGGUGCUCAGAUUUAUGGGCCAAUAUUCGUUCUAGUUUGGUUGGUCUGCAUAAAGGCUGAUCAGAUGACUCAUUUCUGAAAUUCAUUUUCAAUACUCGUUUGCCUGCUUUAUAAGUCGCUCUGGGAGCGACACAGCUGGCCCUGCACCACGGAGCUCAAUAGGUUAGGGUAUAUAUCAUCUAUAGAUAUAUAUAAUAUCAUCUAUAGA